CACAAAAAAAACUGCUGUAUGAGUUCAAUUUUAAAGCACUAAAGUUAUAGCAAGAUAAGACGACCAAUUUCGAAUUUCGUUUGUGUUUCUUUACGUUUCUGUACAAUUUUUAGUGUACGCAGUGAACUGAUCCAUAACACCGGUUAAUUACUGUAAUCUUCAGUGGCGGCCUUAGCAUAACAUAGCGUGGUGGUUUACAGACGUUUUUGGUUACCAGGUUGGUGAACUAAAAACAAUUUUUCUUAGGUAAGGCACGCGAACGCCCUCAAGCGGUUGCCAUGUUUAAGGGCAAGUAGGUUCUUAGAUACGUAAUUAAAUGUCUAUAUUUUGACUUAUUUGACAAUAAUUGUAGUUUUAAUUGAAAAGUAUAUAAAUCAUAGACUAAACCACAAAAAUGAAUUUAUUAAGUAUCGCGCUAUUUGUGUUACUGCAAAUUGAAAACAGUUUAAUCUUACAAUGAAGGUUAAAUGUCUCGCUGUAGGUGUUUACUUCUGUCAUAGUAGUCUCACUCCACUACUUCUUAUGUUAUGCUGUUUCAGAUGAAAUAGAAAAAAAUGGUAGGUAUGUUCCAAGACUAUCUUGACGCCACUCUGUGUCGUUCCACUAAUCCCUUAUCGACACAGCCCUGGCGUAAAUAUAGGUACCACAUUAUUUUGAGUAUACCACGAACCCGAAAUCAGUUUGUUAAGAAUCUUCUGCACUAUCCAUGGCAUAUUUUUUUUAUCAUAUUAUGUUAUAUAUUAUCGCAAAAUAAUAUUAAAAUUUCGUCAAGCUGGUUCCCUUUUAUAUUAAUAAAAAUCUGGCACAGGUCCCGUUCGCUUCUUCCGGCGGCGCGGGCGGUGCGCUUUAUCUAUCAAUACCGCAAAUGGACACCAGUAGUAAUAAGUUGGAAGCAAUUUGCCGUGUGUGUGGGGACAAAGCUUCAGGGAAGCACUACGGGGUACCGUCCUGUGAUGGAUGUAGAGGAUUUUUCAAACGAAGUAUACGACGUAAUUUAGAUUACAUUUGCAAAGAAAAUGGGCGAUGUGUAGUGGACGUGACGAGGCGAAAUCAAUGCCAAGCUUGCCGUUUCGCAAAAUGUUUAAGGGUCAAUAUGAAGAAGGAAGCCGUUCAACACGAAAGAGCUCCGCGGCCAAUAGCGACUGACCAGCAUCAAUUAACGUUACAAAAACUUGGCUACAAUUUGUCACGACAGCAACAAUUUAUUCCCGCCCCCGCACCACUGCCUUUCUCUUCCUUUCAGCAGUUACAAACAUUCAAUGGAUUUGUACCUGCUUUUUCCGAGUCAAAUAUACACAAUUCCUUUCUAGACAGAUCGCCGUUUCAAGAUUUCCCGUGUUCGAAAUUUCCUGAUACCAUAAGUGAGGUUCCGCAAUUGAAUCCCCUUUUUGGCACUCAAGUAGGUUCACUGAACUCACUCAGUCCAUUUAAAAUACCGCUGUUUUCAACAGCUUUGCGCUACCCUGUGUCGCAUCCCGGAUAUUUGUCCACAAACAUAUUUUACCCGGCUGUCAUACCCACGGACGCUUCACCAUCUUCGGCACCUACUUUAAAUAAACAUAUUGAAAAUGAGGUAAAUGUUACACUGACAUCUUCAAUACACGGAACGGAAGUCCAACAAAAACCGGAUUCACAACUUUCUGAAAAACUUAAAGAAGACGAAGUAUCUAGUUCAGAAGAAGUUUUUAAGACUGUUUGCAAGAGCGGCGAUGUUAGCAAAGAAGAAAACACAAAAAGAUAUUACGAAAGUAUACAGACGGAAUCGAAAAAGUUAUCUCUUCAAGACAAUUGGAAACUAAUGAGCGACACACUGUACGAUCCGGUUGCAAAAUUACUAGUGGCUACAGUUAAAUGGCUGCACGGACUCGGAUCUUUUAUACAAAUGAAAAAUACUGAACAAAUUACAUUAUUGCAAAACAAUUGGAAAGAAUUAUUCAUUCUUACAGCUGCGCAGUACUCUUUCUUUUUCCAUGAAGAGUAUAUAAGUCCGGAAAUCACUUCAAAAUGGCCUAAUGUUAAAGAUGAUCUCAAAAAGUUGACUUAUCUACUGAAAAGAAUAUCUCAACAAAGAUUAGAUAAAACCGAAUACGAAUGGAUAAAAGCCGUGUUACUGUAUCGAACAGAAACUACUGAAAGUCCAUUAUCUUUGAACAUAGAAAUGUUACAAGAACAAAUACUAAUUUUAUUGCAAAAACAUUGCGCAAUGAAAGAUGUGAUAAGAUUUGGACGGAUCAUGCUGCUCCUGCCCAGCAUAUGCUGCUUUACAAGUUGUAAUGUACUUGAAAGGAUUUUAUUCCCGACUUCUAGCAUCGACGAAAUAAACACAACUUUAUCACGCCUCCUGCUGUAUACUUCAAUGUGAAGAAAGAAGGUACACCUGCCAUAUGCUAGAACGGCAUCCUAUCGACGCGGCGGAGCUGCACUGCCAGGAGUCAAGGCCUAUCGAAACCAGCCAGCUUCGAGACAGUUAACUUUCUAAGCGUUGCAAGCUAUGAAGAAAUUCGUUGUCUCCACGUCCAAUACAUGAAGACGUUUUGAAGAUAUGAAAAGAAUUAUAGACCUGUGGAACUUUUGUCUGAACACUGGGUCUUCCCGCUUACUGCAAGAUAACUUCGACCAAUAGGACCAGUACAUUAUGGAAUAAUUACCUGUGUAUUAGUGUGAUGUAGUAUUAGUAUACUGUACCGACUAAAUUAGUACACUAUCUGCUCUGGUACUGACCAAAGCAACAAAUUAGUCAUUUAGCUCUACAAAGUCCCACACGAUUGGUAUAGCGCGUUUUGGCUUGUGUGUUAAUUUAUAUUAACAUUAAUCAGAGGCCAAAAACUGGUUGUCAACUCUAAUGAUUGAUGAAGACACCGUGCUCAUGUAAGAUGUUUCACUAAUAUUUUAUUGGUACAUAAUAUUAUGAAAAUUUAAGUCCUACCCAUCGAUUUACCAUAAUAUCAGUAAUUGGUUUUCAUUGUAUAAAUAAGUAACUACAUACGUACCUGCAAAGUCAACAAAGCGAAGAUCGGUAAUAACUUAAUACUAUUCAGAAAAUAUAUUAUUAUGUAGAUAAACUGUUAAAUAAAAGAAGAGAACUAGCUAAUGAUUCAAAAUAUUGGGUAAGUACCUAUGCAUAGAGCAGGAAAUAAAGAGAAGAGGGCAUAGAAUAUGUUCCCUAUGACUUCGGCAUGACUACGUAAAAUAAAAGGUAUUAUAGAAAAAUCUUUUUAAGAUUGACACGUGAAACAUAUUGCUGUCAAUAGCUUUUGUUAUCUACAUGUAUUUGGGGUGAAAAGAAAUUUUCUAGGACGAAAUGUAUAGAAUAACCAGUAAACACGCGAAGAUGAAGUGCACGCCUAGCUUUAUUAAAAAAUAUUUUUCUAAUUUUGUCCUUCAACGUACUUUUAUUCUAGUCAUAUUAUUAUAUUAGAUAUUUACCUAAGUACUUACUAUGUCCACACGAAACAAUGUUAUUUAUUAUUAGUUACAUCAAUAAGUUUCUAAUGAAUACAAAUGAUACAUACUGAAA